CAAACAGCGGCAGUAGACUGAGAGAGUAAAUAGAGAAAAGCUCUAAGAUGGCGGAGCCAAUGAGCCUCAUUCAGUUUGGCUCAGCGACGAAGAAUCCGCUCUCCAAGGCCAAGGAGACGAAGCCGUCGUCCGAAAACCGACCGCAGUCUUCCCGGGACCACCAGCCUCCACCUCCUAAAAAAGUUCGGAGCGAAGAGAAGAGCCUGAAACCCAAGAAAGUGAAUGGCGAAGGCGGAGACGAGAAGCAGCAGCAGCAGCAGCAGAGUUAUGGCAGCCCCACAACAUGGAGCGUGUCUCCCGUCAAGCCGAGCAGUCCAGCGCAACAGCAGCAGCCUCGUCUACACAAAGUGCACAGUGUGUUCAAGCAGAGCGCCUUCAUCGCCUCACCUAAACCCAGAAAGCUAAAGGAGAAGCGGGAGCACGACAAGGAGAAAAGGAAGCACAAGCUGGAGAACAGCAGCAGCCUCGGUAAUGUUAGUGCCGCGAUGAAGAAGGAGAACGGAGAGCUGAAGUUGGUGCAGAAAGAGCACAUCAAGGAAAAACUGAAGGAGCGCGAGAGAGAGAAAGAACGGGUACGGGAGAGGGAAAAGAAAAAGGAAAGGGAGAAAGACAAGGAACAGGCAAAAGAGAAGGAGAAGAAAAAACACAAAUUGAUGAAUGAAAUCAAGCGAGAGAACGGGGAAGUGAAACCACCACAGAAAGUUGAUACGGAGGAACCGAAGGCAAAUGCUGAGGAGCUGCUGCUCAAAAAGGCUAAGAAGAAAAAGAAAAAGAAACAUAAAGAGGCGGAGAGACGGAAGCGGCCCAAGAUGUAUAGCAAGUCCAGUCAAACGCUGUAUUCGGCUCUGCUGAACUCAGAACUCCCAGGAUUGCUGUCCAAAUCAGAGACAGAAUUCAAAUCCCCUUUUCCUGUUUGUAAAACAUUCCCCCUUUCCUCCUCUCCUGCUGCCAAUGUCAAGCAAGAGAAGAGCAGCAGCUUCAAGUCCACCUCUGGAACGGGGGACACUAGUACAGCAAGCAGCGGAAAAACCUCCCAGCUCCAUUCUCGUCUCCCGGGGAUAGAUGGUUUGGAGUUUGGCCGUUUUGUGCAUGUUGAGCAGCAGCCAAACGGCGGUGCCCUGGUCCUGCAUGCCUACAGCCGUGAGCUUGCUGUUCUCUCAGCCGAGGAGAUGCAAAGGUUUGCUCAUGAAUUUGUGACAUUGGCGUUCUGUGAGGAUCCUGAUGGGGCUGCACACUAUGUUAUGGGCAUCGUCCAUGGAGCGGCCUCCUACCUCCCCGACUUCCUGGAAUAUUUUUCUUCCAAAUUCCCCAAUUCUCCUGUAAAGAUGGAGAUCCUUGGCAAGAAAGACAUUGAAACGACAUCCAUGGCAAAUUUCCAUGGUCAGGUAAAGAGAACCUAUUCCCAUGGGACGUACCGUGCCGGGGCUAUGCGCCAGAUCAGUCUGGUGGGAGCCGUGGAUGAGGAGGUGGGGGAUUACUUCCCAGAGUUCCUCGGCAUGCUACAGGAGUCCCCCUUCCUUGAACGGACGUUGCCGUGGGGAACGUUCUCCAGUCUGAAGCUGAAAAGCCCUACAGACAGUGACGAUGGGCCGAUCAUGUGGGUUCGGCCUGGAGAGCAGAUGAUCCCUGUCACCGACAUGCCAAAGUCUCCAUUCAAAAGGAAAAGGUCAACCAAUGAAAUCAAGAACCUGCAGUACCUACCUCGGACGAGCGAGCCUCGUGAGAUGCUGUUUGAGGACCGGACACGUGCACAUGCUGACCACAUUGGACAGGGCUUUGAGAGGAUGACCACAGCUGCAGUGGGUGUGCUUAAAGCCGUACGGUGUGGAGAGGGUAUGGAACCUCCUCGUAUUACCAAAGACGUGGUCUGCUUUCAUGCUGCAGAUUUUAUAGACGUAGUGCAGCGAUUACAGCUGGAUCUGUACGAGCCGCCCCUGUCACAGUGUGUCCAGUGGGUGGACGAUGCCAAGCUGAACCAGCUGAGGCGCGAGGGCAUCCGUUAUGCUCGGAUACAGUUGUAUGACAAUGAUAUCUACUACAUCCCGCGCAACGUGGUCCACCAGUUUAAGACCGUGUCAGCUGUGUGCAGCCUGGCCUGGCACGUCCGCCUCAAACAGUAUCAUCAAGAUGCAGAGGAAGAGAAGGAAGACGAGGACAAGAAGACUGUCACCUCCCCUUCAACAUUUAUCAAACAGGAGCCUCUGUGUGAAGCACGGAGUGCGACAGAUUCACCCAUCUUCACAGACCCCAGACAGGCCUCCUCUGUGCCUCAGAUAAAGAUGGAGGAGCCGGAGCUUCUCCCUGAUAGGACACCAAAAGUCCAAACUUCUAGAGCAGCAACGCCACCAUCAGCCUCUGUAUCAGAUCAAGCCAAAGCACACCAUCACUCAGAAUGCCGUUCUGCUCCUUCACACACUCACACACCAAGGUCAACACCCAGCCUGAGCUCUGCACCAACCAAGCACACACACAGCUUGACACCAACCAAACAUGCGCAGCCAUCCACACCAACCAAACACACCUACAGCUCUGCAUCAAUCAAACACACACACUCCAGUUCAGCAGGCAGACAUAGCCACUCUUCCAACACAUUUAAAUCAACCCCGUCUUCUAGCUCGUUGCCAGCCAAACAGGUGCACAUGUCCAACACAACCAAACAUGCCCACACUGCUUCGACAUCCAAACACGCUUAUUCCCACAAUACCAAAACCAGCUCUGGACAUUCGGACAUUUGGACUGCCUCGCCCAAGUCACAGGCUCUGCCUCAGUCAGGUUCGUCUCAAAUGCAGGUUCUGCCUCAGACACAGGUUGUGUGCCAAUCAUUUUCAUCACAAUCACAGAGUUUUCACCAAUCACUUCUGCCUCAACCUCAGCAGCAGAAGUCGUCCUGGCCAGACAGAGCCUCAGACUCUCUUCACCCAAAGGUCACCCCACAGGACACUCGGCCACACCAACCACUCAGUCCCCUUCCUCAUGAACAGCAGAAAGACUUUUUAUGCUGAUUUGUACAUAACUGUUUUUAAUGGCUUUUCUGGUUUUAUCUUCUUGGUUUUUCUUUUAUCAUUAUUUUGGGUUGACUUUUCGUUUCUAUUGAUACAAAGAGACGACGCGAAACGAUUAUGUGGAUCGGAGUCCAACAACAGUGCGAGACGGAAGGAUGUCCAGUUUGGCCAUAACCGAUCGAAUACACAGCAAAUGUAGCGAAUAACAUUCCUCAGUGCCUGCCUGUAACUGUGAACUAUCAUAAGCACUUAGGGCCAGCUGCACUGCUACCCUGCAGGUCGGAUAAAAAACCCAAACAGGCCAUUGAAUAAUAUAUUUUUAAGUUGUAGGCUAUAGUUGUGUAUUAGAGCUGACAUGAACAUAUAUAUUUUUAAGAUGAGAUGAGACAGACUUCUUUUAAUGACUCCAGGCUUUUCCAUAGAGCUUAUUUAUAUCAAGUUUGUUUUUGUUCCAUUUUUGUCAGCACUGUAGUGUAUAUAACAUUUUUUCUAAGAAAAUGUGUAGUUUGAUUUAUAUCUAAUUAAGAACCUUGUAAUAAAAAAGUUCUUGAGAUUUGGAUUAUUGUCAUGUAAACAAGGGCUACACUGAAGGAUCAUGUGCAUAAUGCAGACUGACUCUCUUAAAGGUGUUGGCUGUCCCAACCUACCUGUUAAAUGUGUCCACUGUCCUCAUUAG